GCUGAGCAGAACACUGAUCAUGGCAAAUGCAGAUAAAAGCAAAGCUGCUUGGUGAUUUAUUUAUUGUAUUUGAUACUUGAAGAUUUAAACCUCAUCUAAAAUCACCAUUUAGUGGACCUUAAAGAAUCAGCUGUGUUUGAAGGUUGAUGAUGCCUUACCUUAGAGGAUAUUACAGCAGCAGUGAUUCUUGCAUAACUGACAGUGAAAGUGGAAUCAUGAGCUCUGAAUGUGGGAUAUUAUCACUCAUCAUCCUGCUGUGUGUUUCAGGAACCCUGGGUGAGAGUAUCAGCGUGUCCUGCAGUCCUCAGACUAUCUGUGCUCUGCAGGAGUCAGAGGUGGACCUCAAGUGUUCUUACCCGAACCUCAACAUCAAAACUGUCUUUUGGUUCAGCUUUAAACAAAAAGCUAAAUGGAAGAAUGAAGACAAUCCAGAGGAUUUAACUUUAGACUCAGACUACACAGGACGAGUGAACUGCACUGAGACCACAAACUCCAAGUCAACUCUUACAAUAAGAAAGCUGAGAGAGAGAGACUCAGGAGAAUAUCACCUCAUGAUCAUCACAGAACAAGGAGAGAAACAUCUCAGUGCAACAGCAGUAAAUUUAACAAUUACAGGUCUGCAGCUGAAGAUGACCCAGAGUGGAGAGAAUGUGACUCUCACCUGUAGCACUUCCUGCACUCUGACAUAUAAACCUGACUAUUUCCUCUGGUUCAAAAAUACAGAAUAUAUAGACAGAUACACACCUUACAGGAAUCCUCAGCCUCUUGUUUUAUCCAGCAGGGCUGAUGCUGGAAGUUACUCCUGCUCUGUUAGCAGCAAAGUAAUACUCCAGUCCUCUGCAGUCGAUGUUUUUAAAGAGGACUCACUAAAUGUGAGUUACACAGAAAGGAAAUGCUGCAUACUGGAGGGUUUAUCAGUGGAUUUUCCCUGCACUUACUCGCAUCCCAAAGCCGAGAGAGUUACUAAAGCAUUCUGGUUUUACUUUCGGCCUGAAGUGGAGUCAGAGGAGCUGAGUGAGGAGGAGCAGUUUGCUGGUCGAGUGGAGUUUGUUGGAGAUAAAGAGAGAAACUGCACUCUGAGAUUGAGAGAUGUGAGAGAGACAGACUCUGGAGAAUAUCGCUUUCAGUUCAGCACUCAGUCUGGAGAGACAUUCACUGGAUCACCUGGAGUCACUCUGAAGGUUACAGCUCUGCAGGUAAGAGUGAGUUCCAGCACAGAAUCAGAUGGAGCCACAGUAACACUGAUGUGUAGCAGCACCUGCACUCUGCCUAACAACCCCACUUACAUCUGGUACAAGAACGGACAGCCUGUAACUAACAAACUCACCAGAGACAACAAGCUGUACCUGAAGUGCAGUGAAGAUGCAGGAAACUACUCCUGUGCUGUGAGAGGACACGAGGAGCUCCGCUCUCCUGAUCAAACACUCAGUGACUGUGCUGAAGGUAAAGAGGAGCUCUCAGUGUUGACGCUGGUCACAGUGGGAGUGGUGGUCUUUCUGUCUCUGACACUCAUUACAGCAGCUCUGCUGAUGUGCUGUGUGAUCAGGAGGAAGAGAAGAGCAGAGAGAGACGCAGACAUUCAGACUCCAGAUCCUGCAGACCAAACAUACACAGCUCUGAAUCCCAAAUACAGGACCUCAGAUUAUGACACGCUCACACAUCUUACAGGCUCUCCUAGUGACACAUACACAGCCUUAAAUCCUGCAACCAUGUGCUCUGAUUACGACACUCUGCCAGGGGUGAAGGCUUCACAAAGAGAGCAAUAUGAAGUCCUACUGAGAAGAGCUCAAACAGCAGAUUAUGAAAAUGUACAGAGGCCCUCAGCAUAGAAAACCACUCAAUUAAACUCAAAUUAGCCUUAAUUAUAUUCCUUGCAAAUGUAUAUCCCUGUUAGGGUUAUGUUAGUGUAUCAGGGGGACGUCAGUAAUAAUAUUUCUACAUGUCUUCUCAGUGAUAAAACUCCUACAUCUAGACAGCAAUAAAAUGACCACAAAAGGAGUUUCUAUUGGGCUGUUUUUCCUAUAAACCUGGAUGUUUGCAUUCCCUGUGAUCACAGAAAACUAAAAGUUGAUACUGUCAAUAUAAAGUACUGCUUUAUAAGUGUAGCUGUCUUAAUAAUCAAUACUUUAAUCAGCCUGUAGGAUCUCGCUUGACUUGAUCAUCUUUCUCCUCCUGCUAAUGCUCCCUCAGUGUAGAGAGGAUAGAAAUGCAGUCAUGCUAUUCUUGAACAUAAAUGGGUUUCUAUUAGACAUAUAAACCACUUGGGUGUACAAACUGUUUCAUGUCACUUUCUCAGAGGAGAAGGCAGAAAAACAUUGACAUAAACAUAAAUUAAGUUGCUGUUAAAUGGAGAUUACAGAAUAUCAUGUACAUUUAAUCCUGUCUGAAUCAGGCUAAAUAUCAGAUUUCAUACACAAUUCUGAGUGUAUCGGUUCAAAUUACACACAAACACACGGUCAUGUAAGAGCUGAGUUCCAAAACGUAGAAAACAGUGAAACCCCCCACGCUGAACUAAAGCCCCUCUUUGCAGUAAUGUGACUUAAUCCCAUGCAGUGAUGUUCUGAGCUCCUUGAACAUCAUCAGAGACCUGAACCAGCAUCAAUACGUGUCCAACAAGUGUCCAUUUCUGAAGAGAUUUAGUGACACAGCAUUUUUAUUUCCUAUUUCAGCUGUUUCUACUUUAACUCUCUACACUGGAGCAAAUAUUCUUGUAUAUAUUCUGUUCAUUAUAAUUUACUGGAUAUACACUAUAUUUCCAAAAGUAUUCACUCACCCAUCCAAAUAAUUGAAUUCAGCUGUUCCAACUUUGGUCACAGGUGUAUAAAACUAAGCACCCAGGCCUGCAGACUGCUUCUACAGACAUUAGUGAAAGAACGGGUCGCUCAGUGAAUUCCAGCAUGGUACCGUGAUACCAUCUGUGCAAGAAGUCCAGUCGCGAUAUUUCCUCACUACUAAAUAUUCCACAGUCAACUGUUAGUGGUAUUAUAACAAAGUGGAAGCAAUUGGGAAUGAAUUGGGAGGAACUCAGCCAUGUAAA